AAAAUAAUAUGGCGGCUGUUCUAGCAACAGCCGAUAUGACGAUUCAAAAGAAUUCACAAAUUUUAGUAAAUGUUGAAGAAGCGUUAGAAGAUUUACUUGUUGUUUCUUAUUCAACUGAGACUAAAAAAUUCCAAGGUGUACUUUUAGAUUCUAAUAAGGGCAAUUUACCAUUUGGUGUGUAUAGCCUUCAUCCAGCUUUCACAAAAUCAACAGAAAACAAUGCUGUUAAGGACGAGAAAUUACAUUCCGUCAGUCAAAGAUUUACAUACCAAGAACCUCAAUAUGCGAAUGAGGACCAAAAAUCCAAAAAGCAAGGACCCAAGACCAAACCACAACCACGCCAAAAGAUGACAGUGCGGCUGCGACCGCGAAAAGUGCUGUGUUCUAAUUGCCAAGGCAUCUGCAAUGAAAACAAUGAAAACGUGGACGUGUCCAAAAAACGCAAAUUAGAUUCCGACGAUGAAACGUCUAAGCAGGGGUCUGAGUCAUCAAAAGUAGAAAAAAAAUAUAUGAUGAAGGGCAUGUUGAUCCCCAAGCUAUCUAGACUGCAACCUAGCGAAAUAACUAGUGCUAUGAAGUCUACAAAAACUUAUCAGAAAGGUAGUGAUAAAAUUAAAAUUGCAAAAAGUGAAAAUUGUGAAGAUAGUGAAAAAGUGACUCAGGAGCUCGCCUUCGUCAGUGUCUCUGAUAAUGGUGAUAAUACAUGUGAUAUUGAUGAUAACAAAGAGAGUGAUGCAGCAUUUAGUAAUCUUUUCUCUAGUGCAAGGACUCUUAAAAUUUGUUUCGGCGAGGGUGAAGGGACCGUUGUUAAAAUACCACCCCUAAAUGGUGACUUUAAUGAGGAUUCCGGUGUGUCGUGUGAUAUGUUAAAGCCUUCAAAACCAGAUUCGAAAGCGGUUAAAAAAGCCCUCAAAAAAGCUAAAAAACAAGCUAAGAAAACUGCUGAAAAACCUGAGACAUGGAGUGACCAUUCGCCUAAACACAUAGGUGCUCUCUCACCAAGAAACAAUGUCGCUAAUAGCCCUCCAUCUGACCCUCUAGAAAAGAAACACAAACAUAAAGUCAAACACAAAAAGAAGCACAGAGUUCCUAGAAAGCGUGAUGAAAACUCUAGUAAAAGUGAUGGUGACUCAAACGAUUAUUUUAACAAUAUAAAAGACAGUUGUUUAAAACAAAAACUCUCGAUAAGUUUACGACGACUGAGCAGUAAUUCUUAUGAAUGCCGUGAAGAUAUGUCUGAUGACUGUGAGAGUGAGACAGUUCCUGACUUCCCCGCUGAUUCGGAAGGUAUUGGUGGGCAGUUGCUUAGAGUCUCACCUGGUGAUAUUGUUUGGGGAAAGAUUGUCGGAUUCCCCUGGUGGCCAGGCCGGGUUUUAAGUGUUACACCUACAUCUCGGGCUCACGUUGCAUGGUUUGCUUCUACAACAUCAUCUCUCAUGCCAUGUGAUAGUUUAUGUCCAUUCUUAGAAGACUAUAAGUUACGCUUCAACAAGAAAAAGAGGGGGCCGUACAAAGAGGCUGUGAAACAAGCAACGAUAGAGGCUAAACGCAACGAAUCUCAUGCGGAUCCGCUGGCCAGCCCCACACAUAUUACAGUCUCGCCGCGCCCCAUUGAUGUGUUCUCGUAAAUGUGAUUUAGAUGUACUGCCGAAUUGAAAAUUAAUGUGAUAUUUCAAAUAUUUUUAUCUGCACAAACCAUUGACCAUUAGCCGUAAGCAUAAUUACUAAGAGAUAUGAGUUAGUGUAUUCAAAUAGUUAUUUCUUUUGUGUAAAUAGUCCAUCCUUAAAUGCUAUGCAUUACUUCAAACAUAGCUUUUCCAUCCAUGGUUCUGAUAAAAUCUGAAAUUAGCUUAUAAAACAAAUUGCAAGUAAUGGAAACAAUCAAAAGGUUUUUUUAAUUAAGACACAUAGACCAUAUUCAUAUUUGCUCCUGUGAUUGCUGCAUAUUUAUUGUUCCAUGAUCUACAAAAAUUCACUGGCACAAAUUCAAAUUUAUUGAAAGCAAAAUUGUUUAUGUCGAUGAUUUAAUUUUGGAUAUUAGAUGAUGCAUAGUAUU